AUGACCUCCGAAGUGUCCUUACUGCAAAUGCCAGAUGUUGCACUAAAUGAGAUUGUCAAGAAGUGUGACUAUCAGUCUAUACAAUCCCUUCGUAAAGUGUGUCGUGAUCUCCGGAAUUUUAUUAAAGACGUCAAACCAGACUACCAAUUCACUAAUGUUUCUAUUGAGCUCGAUUCAUGUUUUCUAGAUUUGACUUUCAACGAAUCUGAUGAUGAAGGAAACGAAAUUACGAUUCGCUAUAGAAAACAUGGAUUGAAUUGCUAUGUGUCGCUGACGAAACCAAAUGGAAAGAAUUCUAAGCAUCUACUCAACACCAAUUUCAUAGACUGCUUCUCUACCGACUUUGCAAUCGCUAUGAGCUCACAAAAAUCAAUAAUUCAACAAUUUACUCUCUCUCACCCUGUUGACUUCUAUAUGAAAAGUCGUGCUGGAGACCUGUUGAAAAAACUAAAAUCAGAAAAUCUGCUUCUGAAAGUUCGAAAUGUUGUUUUAUCGACCAAUGGGACGUCAAUGAUUGCCAGGUUUCUACAAAUUCUUGACCCAAACUACCUGGAAACUAUCAAAAUUGGUGGUCGCACAAAUCAGAUGACAUCAACUGAAAUGAAUCAAAUCUGUAAGCUGGAACAAUUUAAAAAAGCAAAGGAACUGGAAAUCUCAACCUAUUAUAUCACUACCUCCGUCGAAUAUUUCAGUCAUUUUGAAAAUGUGACUCUUUGCUACAUAAGUGUCACCGAUGAAAUGUUCAGAUCAUUGAAACAGAUGUUCAUCACAUCUCCUAACCUCUCGUCUUUCUCAAUUCAAUUCUUGAGCUACUGUGAUCGAGAUUUGAUAUGUUGUUUUGGACCGCGUGAUAAACAACUGUCCACUCACGAUACUGAUAAAUGGGUUCUGAUGAUUCCAGGAAGUGAUGAUGUGAUUGUUGUGGAGAUGAAAUUGUCUCGUGUUCAGUUUGAGAGGAAGAAGAAUAAUUAA